CUCAGUAUUCUUUUGUGGCUGGUGGUAGCAAGUUAUUGUGCGAGAAAGUUUUUGUGAAAAAAUAUAAAUUAAAUAAAAAAAAAUAUCUGUCUGUGAAAAAUUAUUAAGAGUACAUUGUUAAUCAAAAUGUAUUGUGUUGUGGAGACGCUCGAAGAUGAAGGGAAGUUCGUGACGGCAGUUCCCAAAAAUUGGGUCAUCGAUGGAACGAAGCUAUUAUGGCCAAAGUCCAAGAAAGAUUCCAUUUGCGGUCGGAAAAAUUGCAUCACAGCAUCGGAUGAUUGGCAAAGCAUAGCAUGCAAAUUAAUAUUUGAUGACAUCGGUUCCUGGGAGGAAGCAGUUCAGAAGGAAAAGGAUGCCGAGUAUUUGUCUUCUUCUGAAGAAAAUACGGAAGAAGUGACCAUCGACACCAAUUCUUCGGAAUACAUGACAGAUAUGAACAAAUUGAUGUCAACUUUGAUUCCUAAUUCUGGUAAGUUUAAAAUGUAUAAACAUGGGAACAAAGUUACUAAUUUUGUCAUACUUACUUCUCAUUUUCAAGACGUUUCCUCGUUCACCCCCCCAAAUGAAGAUGUUACCAUCACUAAUGUCAUUUCCGACUUAUACACGUUUGAAGGCCCCAGCACCAGUACCCAAUUCAAGGAACUGUCGUCCAAAAUAGACGAAAUUUUGGAAAGACAGCGUUCCACUGAGGUGAAGGUGCAGGCCAUGCAAGGAAUGCUGGAGGCAUUCAUGGCGAAGUCCGAAGUUUCGGUCAAUUUGUUGGCGUCCAAAAUUGCAAAAGAGAAUGCAGAGGAAGUGGAUGAGGAACUGCAACUGGAUGAAAUUUUCCCACUUACCUCUGUCCAACAAAUUGAGGAAAUCGAGGAAAAACUCCAUCAAAAUGCAGCAUUCAAAAAAAAAUUGGUCCGUAAGUUGAGCUCCUAUGGGGGGGCCAACGGAAUGAAAACGAUCCGCACUAUUUGCAAGUGCAUUUUUACGGAUCCACUACUGGCAGAACAUUCUUGGCUGGGGACUAAUGCCAAAAAAAGUUUCAGCCAAUACAAAUUCCUGUAUAAAACUAUAUUGGAAGCGGUCCGAUCAAGGUACCCCACUUAUAGUGAAGCUGAGGGUGCUUCAUUUUUUAAAGGCUUUUUGAAGCAAGCCCCAUUUCGAAUGGGAAAACCGUCCACAAAUACCAGUUCCAACACCAGCUCCUCUGCCUCUGACGGGCAAUCCACAACAUAAUUAAGUUAAGCUAUUUUUUAUUUUUAGUUUUAGUUUUACUUUUACUUUAAGUUUUAGUUUUAGUUUUACUUCAUUAAAUAAUGUUUCACUAAACUUAAAUUUCAGCGUUCUUAUUUCAAAUAUUAAAUUUUCAGCUGGGAAGAAUCUUAUGGUUUGCAGCAUGUUGGUAAGCAAACAUUUUAUAGGUUUUUUAAAAUCUGUAAAUAACCGGUUAUAAAAAAGCUGUGAAGUAACGUUUAUUACAGGUUUUAUAAGAACCUGUACGAAGUUAUUUACAGGUUUUAUAGAAACCUAUAGGUAAGCGGUUAUAAAAAAAACCGUCAAAUAACGUUUGUUAUAGGUUUUAUAAAAACCUGUACAACGUUUAUUACAGGUUUUAAAAAAACUGGAAGAAAACGGUUAUAAAAAAAACCGUUAAAUAACGUUUAUUACAGGUUUUAUAGAAACCUAUAGGUAAGCGGUUAUAAAAAAAACCGUCAAAUAACGUUUGUUAUAGGUUUUAUAAAAACCUGUACAACGUUUAUUACAGGUUUUAAAAAAAACGGGAAGAAAACGGUUAUAAAAAAACCGUCAAAUAACGUUUAUUAGAGGUUUU